AUGUCAGCGAACGAGCUUCAAGGUCGACUAGCCCUAGUCACAGGCGCAUCGGGAGGUAUAGGAGCAGCUUGCGCGCGCCAACUCGCACAGCAUGGAGUUCACCUGGCUUUGACUUAUUCCACCAACUUGGCCUCGAUGAACACUAUUGUCGCCGAGAUUCAAUCUGCAAAUGCUGAAAAGUCACUCCGAAUUUCUAUACAUCAGGUAGAUGUCGGGUCUGGAGAUCAGAUCCAGGCCAUGUUCCGAGACAUCGAUGCCAAACACGGUCAACGGCCAGACAUACUCGUCUCAAACGCUGGAUAUGGGAAGCGUAUACCUGAUGUAUCCGAAAUUUCCCUCGAGGAGUUUGACUAUACCAUGGAUAUCAACCUUCGCGCUUCAUUUAUCUUGGUGAAGGGCGUGGUAGAGCACAUGAAAGAUCAGAAAUGGGGACGUAUCAUCUUUAUGUCCUCGAUCGCUGCUCAAGGUGGAGGUAUCAACGGAUGUCAUUACGCAGCUUCCAAAGGCGGUCUUACAGGCAUGAUGAAGAAUCUCUCAACCCGUUUAGCAGAAUUCAACAUUAGUGUCAACGAUGUUGCUCCAGCUAUGAUUGGCGACACGGGCAUGCUUUCCUCCGCAGCCGCAUUCCCCGAAGUGGUGGCAAGUGUUCCGCUUAAGCGACUAGGGACGCCCGAGGAAACAGCCAAUGUUGUAACUAUGCUGGCAAAGACUGGGUAUAUGACAGGCCAAUCUCUUUUGUUAGCCGGAGGAUUGAAAUGA